UUUUGUCAAAAUUCAAUCAAAUUUCAGCCGUCAAGUCCAUCAGAAGUGUUCGAAAUCGGAUUCUUCACACAACCCGUGGACCACUUCGACAAUCAAAACCCGUACACAUUCUCUCAGAGAUACUUCAAAAACGAACAAUGGGCCAAGCCGGGCGGUCCGAUCUUUCUGAUGAUUGGCGGCGAGUCGGCGGGAAGCCCUCUUUGGGUCCUCAACGGGAAACUAACUUAUCUCAAAUGGGCGAAAAUGUUCGGAGCAGCGACGAAGCCAUAUGCAUCAUAUCUCUCGUCCAUGCAAAUGCUCUACGAUGUGGCCAAUUUCAUAAGAACAGUUAACGUUGAAUUGGAUGAGCCCGCUAAAUGGAUCGUCUUUGGUGGAUCGUAUGCA